ACCGCACUAGGAGACGGGUCGUGUUCGCCUUUUUCCAAUCGGUAGAUGGCGCUGGGUUUUCACAAAGGUCACAACAGGGUUAAACCGGUGAGGAGGGGCCAGGGGAGACGGAGGCUCUCUGGCCUGUGCAGAGGCUCAGGGGGUAAAAGAACAACUCACAGACACUGCAGAACGCCAGGGGGCAAAGUGCGAAUUGCAUCAGCUCACCACGGGACCUUGCCCACCUCUGCCUCCUGGGCUCACUCGGACCGGAGCGCGCGCUGUCGGCGCCAGGGAGCCCCUCCACGGCUGGCCUGUUGGAAACCCAGCCCGCUGCAGACGGCAUGGUGCGGCGCGUCGCAGUGAUCGGAGCCGGGCCCUCGGGCCUGGUGUCCAUCAAGAGCUGCCUGGAGGAGGGGCUGGAGCCCGUCUGUUUCGAGAGCAGCGACGCCAUCGGGGGCAUGUGGCGAUUCAAGGAGAAGCCCGAGCCCGGCAGGGCCAGUAUCUACCGCUCCCUCGUCGUCAACACCUCGAAGGAGAUGAUGUGCUUCAGCGAUUUCCCCUUCCCCGCCCACUUCCCCAACUACAUGCAGAGCUCGCGCCUGUUGGAGUACUACUGCCUGUACGCCGAGCACUUCCAGCUGCUCCCUCACAUCCGCUUCCAGACCACCGUGCUCAGUGUGAAGCAGCGCCCGGAUUUCUCUCGCUCCGGCCAGUGGGAGGUGCUGACGGUGGACAGAGAGGGACAGGAGGAGAGCUUCGUCUUUGAUGGGGUGCUGGUCUGCACGGGACACUAUACUCAGCCAGCUCUGCCCCUCGGAGACUUUCCAGGCAUCGCGACGUUUGAGGGACAGCACUUUCAUGGCUGGGAGUACAAGGAUCCGGAUAAAUUCCGUGGGAAAAGGGUCAUGGUGGUGGGGAUGGGAAAUUCUGGAGGGGACAUCGCUGUGGAGAUGAGCAGAGUGGCUGAACAGACGUUCCUGAGCACCCGUAAGGGGGCCUGGGUCGUGAGCCGUGCUUCGGACAGAGGGAUGCCCCUGGACAUGACGAAGAUCUCACGGAUCGUUGGCUUCCUGACAGAAUGGCUGCCUGCCUGUCUGGUGAACUGGCUCUGGGAGAGAACGCUGAACCAGAAAUAUGACCACAGCAUGUAUGGGCUCCAGUCACAACAGAGGGUGUUAAAACAGAGGCCGCUGAUCAAUGACGACCUGCCCUGUCGGAUCCUCCUGGGGGCGCUCGUCAUGAAGCCCCACGUGCGCGAGUUCAGGGGCUCCAGCGUGGUGUUCGAGGACGGGACGGUGGAGGACGGGAUCGACGCUGUGGUCUUCUGCACGGGGGCUAAACAAGCUGCCCACAGAGGAGACGAUGCUGAAGGACAUCGAAUGUGAAACAAAGAGGAUGGAGAGGAGGUACACUGCGAAACUGGCCCCCCUCCAGGUGGACUACAUCCCCUACCUGGACAGCCUGGCCGCGCAGAUCGGGGCGCGGCCCAGCCU